AUGCCACAUCUGCUUCUUCGGACGAUCCCAACUCCUCGAUGCGCCGUGCGAUUUGGCUUCUUCCUUGGGCUCUGGGCAGAGGCUGAGCGGCGACAACGCAACGACGCGCAGCCAAAUCGAAUCCCUUCUUCCCUAUUCUCCAAGGCGGCAAGGAAAACAACUGCUUCAUCCGCAUUCAAUGGAGACAACGACCUCCAUCUCUCGCCGCCUCCCAAUCACGGAAGUGAAUCCCCCAGCUCACUGCUCUAUUGUUCUUACGGCCGACACACUUCGACGGUGAUGACGCUGCAGCCGCGGGAGGAAUCUUCGUUCCAGAGAAGGAAUUUGCUUUCGGCUCUCCAAUCUCGCAUCCACAACCUAUCCUAG